GAGCACGUCAGUAUGCUGGUCAUUCUCUUGAAUUGUGUCACGUUGGGAAUGUUUCAGCCAUGUGAGGAUGUCAUGUGUCGGUCUGAACGAUGUUCAAUACUUCAGGCCUUUGAUCACUUUAUUUUUGCAUUCUUUGCUGUGGAGAUGGUCACAAAGAUGAUUGCGCUUGGGAUAUUUGGGCAGAAGUGCUACCUGGGGGAUACAUGGAAUCGUCUGGAUUUCUUCAUUGUGAUGGCAGGGAUGCUAGAGUAUUCACUAGAGGGACACAACGUGAGUCUCUCUGCAAUACGGACUGUCCGUGUCCUCAGGCCACUAAGAGCCAUUAACAGAGUUCCUAGUAUGCGAAUACUAGUGACGUUACUAUUAGAUACUCUGCCUAUGUUAGGCAAUGUUCUUCUCCUGUGUUUUUUUGUUUUCUUUAUAUUUGGUAUCGUCGGAGUGCAGCUGUGGUCUGGGCUGCUGAGGAACAGAUGUUUUUAUGAAGACAGCUUUGCAAUGUAUUACAAUGUUUCUUUAACUCAAUAUUACCAUAAUGUUGGGGAUGAGAUGCCAUUCAUUUGCUCCCUGCUGCAUGAUAAUGGCAUGCAGAAAUGUCAGGAUCUUCCAAAUAUGAAGGAAAAUGGAGCUGAAUGUUUUCUUAGUGUAGAUUCUAACAACCACCCAAAGUACGGUGUGGAAGUGAAGAACGCCAGUGGCUGCAUAAACUGGAAUCAAUAUUACAAUGUGUGCAAAACCGGAGACGUGAACCCGCAUAAGGGCGCCAUUAAUUUUGAUAAUAUAGGAUAUGCCUGGAUCGCUAUUUUUCAGGUGAUUACUCUGGAAGGAUGGGUGGAUAUCAUGUAUUAUGUUAUGGAUGCACAUUCUUUUUACAAUUUUAUCUAUUUUAUACUGCUUAUAAUAGUUGGUUCAUUCUUCAUGAUUAACCUGUGCCUGGUUGUCAUAGCAACGCAAUUUUCAGAAACAAAACAACGCGAAAAUCAAUUAAUGCAGGAGCAGAGGGCUCGUUUCCUGUCAAACGACAGCACGAUUGCAAGUUUCUCUGAGCCAGGAAGCUGCUACGAAGAACUGCUGAAGUACAUCUGUCACCUGUACAGGAAGGUAAAGCGACGGGCCUUGCGGCUGUACAACACCUGGAGGAACAAGCGGCGUAAGAAGGUCAGCUCGGUCAGCUCCAACGGGCAGGAGAGGACGUGCCGGACCAAGGGGCGGGUGAAGUCAAUCCAUCAUCUGAUUCACCACCACCACCACCACCACCACCAUCAUUACCACAUCAGCAAUGGCGCUUCGAGGGGACAACGGGGAAGCCCGGAGCUCUACGACAUGGAGAUGAAGACGCUGCGAGUUGACAGUAGGCUCGUGGUCCCUUCGCCCGCGCUCAACCGUCAGACGCCACUUUCGGGAGCCGAGUCCGUCCACAGCAUCUAUCACGCUGACUGCCAUUUAGAAGGUCUUCAGGUGGCGUGCAAGUCUUCCACUGCUGCGAACGUCAAACUAAUGGGCAGCUUUAUCAACCAGCGGGGCAUGAACUACCCGACCAUCGUCCCAUCUGUGACCGGCAAGGACAGCUCCAUGCCAAAACCAAAGGACAAGAGAAGUGGUAACACAUCCUUCACAGUGGACAAAGCAAAGCCGAAGAUGAAGCUCACAGAUUCCUUUGGCAAACUGCCCUACUUAGUGGGAGACAAUGGAAUCUUUCGGGCUUCAAGCAAGUUAUCAGGCCUCAAUAUACCAUGUUCAAGUUCCGGCCCACAGGUUGGAGACUUCACCUACGAGCUUCAGAACUGCCCGUACUGCGCCCGUUUGUUGGAAAACCCCGAGUUUGAGCUCCGCGAUUCGGAGAGCGGCGACUCCGAUGCCGACGCCGUAUACGAGUUCACGCACGACGUCAGGCAAGGUGACCAAAGAGAUCAGAUACAGAAGAACAAAAACAAACCAAAGCAAAGGAAUAAAUGUGUGCUGCUCGGAAUAUUGGUGUCUGAAAAGAUGACGAAAAUAGUUGAGAGCAAAUAUUUCAAUCGUGGGAUUAUGAUUGCCAUUCUCAUCAACACACUGAGCAUGGGGAUUGAAUAUCAUGAACAGCCUGAAGAGCUGACCAAUGCUUUGGAGAUCAGCAACAUUGUGUUCACCAGCAUGUUUGCACUGGAAAUGAUCCUCAAACUUCUCGCCUUUGGUCUUUUUGGUUACAUUAAGAACCCGUACAACAUCUUUGAUGGGAUUGUCGUCAUUAUCAGCAUUUGGGAAAUUAUCGGCCGGUCUGAUGGUGGCCUCUCAGUGCUGAGAACCUUUAGGCUCCUCCGGGUUCUGAAGCUGGUCCGGUUCCUACCAGCCCUGAGACGUCAGCUGGUGGUCCUAAUGAAGACUAUGGACAACGUGGCAACAUUCUGCAUGCUGCUCAUGCUGUUUAUAUUUAUCUUCAGUAUUCUGGGCAUGCACCUUUUUGGAUGUAAAUUCAGCUUGAAGACUGAGACUGGAGACACUAUUCCCGACAGGAAGAACUUUGAUUCAUUGCUGUGGGCAAUUGUCACUGUGUUUCAGAUCCUUACACAGGAAGAUUGGAAUGUGGUCCUGUAUAACGGAAUGGCUUCCACAUCACCCUGGGCUGCCCUCUACUUUGUGGCAUUAAUGACCUUUGGCAACUAUGUGCUGUUCAACUUGUUGGUUGCUAUCCUAGUGGAAGGGUUCCAAGCAGAGGGUGACGCCAACAGAUCGGAGUCGGACGAAGAGAAAAAUUCAACUAAUUUUGAAGAUGAGUGUGAACGACUUAAGGAUCCUUCUUCGGAACUAAAAAUGUAUUCAGUGGUCAUGGCAUCCAACGGACACCUGGAUUCUCGAAGCAGUAUACCACCGCCAAUUAUCAUGCGAACCGCUGCCACACCUAUGCCUACACCUAAGAGUUCACCCUACAUGGAUUCAGUUCACACCUUCGCAGACUCCAGAAGGGGUAGCAGUAUUUCCAUUGAUCCUAUGAACUACGACCAGAGAUCUUUGUCCAGCAUUCACAGCUCCCCUUGUGCCCCCUGGAACAGUGGCAGUAACUGGGGCAGUCGCCGCUCAAGUUGGCACAGCCUUGGCAGGGCGCCCAGCCUGAAAAAGAAGAAUCAGUCAAGUGAACGGGAAUCUCUCCUUUCCGGAGAAGGUCACGGGAGCUGCAAUGAAGAUGAGUCAGAGCAUUUCAAGUCCAGCAAGGCCGGCAGCCUGAGCGGUUGGAGUCUGCAGCAUCGGGCAGAAUCGUUGGACACCAAAGGGUCCUUGGACCUACCCGAGUUACUUCAAGUCCCAAUCAUGCGUCAUCCUGCCACAGUCAACCCCAUUAACAUAACACCGUGUGACUAUCAAGACUGCAAUGGCAGAACCUUACAUGUUCCAAAUGAGGUCUUCCUUCGUGUGGACAGCCACAAAGAUGACCCGAGUGAUUAUGAAGAGGACAUUGACAGUAGUUACUGUUAUAGAAUCCGUAGAUUCUUGGAGCCUUAUAAACCAAAUUGGUGUAAAACCCACGAGGAGUGGGCUCUUUAUCUGUUUGCUCCUCAAAACCGGUUCCGCAUUAUGUGCCAGAAGUUCACAGCUCACAAAAUGUUUGAUCAUGUGGUGUUAGUGUUCAUAUUUCUGAACUGCAUCACCAUUGCUCUUGAAAGACCCGCAAUUGACCUCAGGAGUACAGAGCGGAUGUUUCUGAGCGUCUCUAAUUAUAUCUUCACUGCCAUUUUUGUGCUUGAAAUGGCCCUUAAGGUUGUGGCGCUUGGCUUCCUUUCCGGUGAGAGUGGUUAUCUGAAAAGCAGUUGGAAUAUUCUGGAUGGUAUCCUGGUCUUUGUCUCCGUAAUUGAUAUUGUCGUUUCCUUGGCAUCGGCGGGAGGAGCAAAAAUCCUCGGCAUUCUCCGGGUGCUCCGGCUCUUGAGAACCUUGCGCCCUCUCCGAGUCAUCAGUCGAGCCCCAGGUCUUAAGUUGGUUGUGGAAACUUUAAUCACUUCCCUGAGACCCAUUGGGAAUAUUGUCCUCAUCUGCUGUGCCUUCUUCAUCAUCUUCGGAAUCCUGGGGGUCCAGCUGUUUAAAGGCAAGUUUUACCACUGUGCUGGGCAUGACACCAGGAACGUCACAAACAAGUUCGAUUGCUUCCAAGCAAACUUCAAGUGGGUUCGUCGUAAAUAUAAUUUUGAUAAUCUGGGACAGGCAUUGAUGUCUCUCUUUGUUUUGUCCUCGAAAGAUGGCUGGGUAAAUAUAAUGUACCAUGGUCUCGAUGCUAUCGGAAUAGACAAACAGCCCCAGAGGAACUACAACCCCUGGAUGCUCCUGUACUUCAUCUCCUUCCUGCUCAUCGUCAGCUUCUUUGUGCUCAACAUGUUCGUGGGUGUGGUGGUGGAGAACUUCCACAAGUGCCGGCAGCACCAGGAGGCCGAGGAGGCCCGGAGGCGGGAGGAGAAACGCCUGCGCCGGCUGGAGAAAAAGCGCAGGAAAGCUCAACGUAGACCAUAUUACGCUGACUAUUCCCCCACUCGACUUUACAUCCAUACAUUGUGCACCAACCACUAUUUGGACCUGUUCAUCACAUUCAUCAUUGGCAUCAAUGUCAUCACUAUGUCAAUGGAGCACUAUCACCAACCAAUUUCCCUUGAAGAGGCUCUGAAGUAUUGUAACUACGUGUUCACCAUUAUCUUUGUUUUUGAAUCUAUUCUCAAGCUCAUUGCCUUCGGCAUCAGGAGAUUCUUUAAAGACAGGUGGAAUCAACUGGAUUUGGCUAUUGUGCUUCUGUCUAUAAUGGGUAUAACCCUGGAGGAAAUUGAAAUGAGUGCCGCGCUCCCCAUUAACCCGACGAUCAUUCGCAUUAUGAGAGUACUACGGAUUGCAAGAGUGUUGAAGCUGCUCAAGAUGGCAACUGGAAUGAGAGCCUUACUUGAUACAGUCGUUCAGGCUUUGCCACAGGUGGGAAACCUCGGUUUAUUAUUCAUGCUUUUGUUUUUUAUCUAUGCCGCUCUUGGAGUUGAACUCUUCGGAAAGCUGGUGUGUAAUGAUGAAAACCCAUGUGAAGGCUUGAGUCGACAUGCCACGUUUGAGAAUUUUGGGAUGGCAUUUCUUACUUUAUUCCGAGUUUCAACUGGUGAUAACUGGAACGGAAUAAUGAAGGAUACUUUGCGGGAAUGUGGGAGCGACGAUAAGAAUUGCCUCACCUACCUUCCCAUCUUCUCCCCCCUCUACUUUGUCACGUUUGUCCUGAUCGCUCAGUUCGUGCUGGUCAAUGUUGUGGUGGCCGUGCUCAUGAAGCAUCUGGAGGAGAGCAACAAGGAAGCCAAAGAAGACGCCGAACUCGACGCUGAAAUCGAGCUGGAAAUGUUACGUGCGCGGGGAAUGGCGUCCGGUAGCCCCGGACCUUCCCCUAACCCCGAUAGCAGAGCCUCAGGCACCGGCCUGGAUUCACCAAGACUUGAAUCCCCAGGACACCUACAGCAAUUAACAGAGGAUCCUCUAAGUAGCAAUUAUGGAGAAGGGAAACAAACAGAAAACUUGCUAACAGUUCGAAAAGCCUCAGUAUCUCGAAUGCACUCUCUGCCAAAUGACAGCUACAUGUUCCGCCCUGUUAGAUCAGCACCAACUCAUUUCCCACUGCCUGAAGUAGUUCCCUGUCAGAUUAUAUCACCCACAGGCUCGGUGACCUCAUUGCAUUCUCAGCCCAAUGAAGUCCCUGCUCAUCUUGGAGUUCCCUCGGAAGGGAUUCGCCACAGCUCUGCAUCGACCAGCCACGUCACCCUCCCCAAAAUCCCACCUCCACAGAGAGUGCCGCGUUCACCCAGUAUAAACAGAUUGCUGCAUAGACAGGCGUCUAUGAGGAAUGAUUCUGUGGAUUGCUUGAAUGCUGAUACUAAGACCAGCCUGCAGAACCAGCCCAGUGACGGCCUGCACCCAAACCUGUCGCCUCACUGCGUCUUGGUCCCGCCGCUGAUCCACCCCACGCCAGUGUCGCCCAAGGUCAGCCCGCAGCCCUCGCCCAUGCUGGCGCAGCGUGGCCGGCAGCCCAGCGUCCGCACACACAGCCAGGUGUACAGCCAGCGCAGUAUCUGCAGCCGCUCGCCCAGCCACGGUAGCAGCAGCAGCGGCGGCGGCGGCGGCGGCAGCCCGGCCCCCUCGCUCUUCAACUCUGGCGACGCAGCAGACGAGGAGGUGCGGCGCAUCAGCGACGGGGCCUGGGGCCGCCGCAGGCAGUCUCAGGCCGCCAGCCUCUCCCUCUCGCCUUUCCUCUCCCCCGCCACGUCCGAUGCGGCCUUGAAGAACUCCAACAGCUCCACCCACGUGGACGGAGUGGCCGGGGAGAAGGACCUGAAGAGGUUCUUUAGCAUCGACACUCAGGGGCUGUUGAUGAGACCCUUGUGGGCGGUGGACUCCAGGAGACACUCCAUCGAGAUCUGCCCAUCCACUGACCAAGACGACCAAGAUGAUGCCCGCUGGGUGCUUGGCUGGGAGUGUCCCGGUGAAGCCAAACCAGAGCCUUCUCUCCGUCUUCAGCAAGAUCCUGACUAUGUUCUCAGCGCCCAGAGGAAGGAGAAGUCAAGUCCGCCUUGCAUCUCAGUGGAGCCUCCUGCACAGAGUGGAGUCGGGCCGCUCCCUCUCAACGCAGAGUCCCAGCCAAGGAUACAUUUGCGUAAGCGCACCCUCUCCAGUGAAUCUGUGGUCCACAGGGAUUCUUCAGAGCCAGCAGACGCCAGGCCAAGAGAUCCGGCAAACGUACCAGAGCGCCGAUUCCCCCCCUCUAGUCAAAGGAAGCACCUCACCGUCCCAGACUUCUCGUUCGAUCACCCCGACCUCAGUUCAGCGAGCAGUUUGUCCAAUCUGUUUUCCGACAACAUUCCCUCAACUCCCGGGAUCUCUGCAGACUCCCAGGUGGAAUUGAUGGCCACUGAACCGAGGAAGGUAGACCAUUUCAGAAAGCCCGGUGAAAGCCCAGACCCUCACAGACCCGAGACAAGUAAAGACAUCCUCAGCGUCAACAGAAGCCCCCUUAAGAAGCGGGGACUCACCCGAAUGGUUAGCACACGAGACGACCCAGAUGAUCUUGUGGUAUAGCUGGCAUGGGUACACACACACACACUCACUGGGGGCAAUAUGUACUCCAUGCCCAGCAACCGAUGCAAAGCAGAGACAAUCACUCUGGCUAGUGGUACGUGUUGUUUGAUCGCUUGUUGAGGCUUCACUGAGUUUGUGAAGGGAUGCAAAAACAAAAGGGAUAUGCAAACAUUUUUUGAAUGGAACUUGAUUAGCUCCACAUAGCUCAAUCACAUUGAUUUGAGUCAGAAUACUGGCACUUUAUUGUGGAAAUCCAUGGUAUACAGAAGUGCAGAAAAGAUAAGAACUAUACAAUGCUGUAAUGGUUGCUAUGUACAUACAGAUAAUUACGUAUUAGUGACAAAUAAUUUAAUUAUGUCUUCAUAAUGCACAUAUUUUUAUAUAGAACAGUAAUGUUUUGCACACUUCAAAUCAAAAUCAACAUUGAGUGGUGUUUUCUGGUGUUUGAGUGGAAUGUAUAUAAUUUAGAUUUUGUUUUUGUUUGUUUUCCAUUUCUGCUUGGUCACAUUAGCCGUAUAUUCUAAAUGUUUACUUUUACUUUAAGCAUAAAUCUUCUUUACCGAGAACCAAAUUACUACUGGAUUGUAGUCAGUGCAAUAAUAGAUUCAUUCAUUGUUCAGUUUUUACUUUGUUUUAAACGAUCGUGUUUUCAACCAGUCUAAUUUGCAAUAAAUUAAUGAGACUAUAGGGAUUAAUAAGACGUACUAAUAACGAACAAAAAAAAUGUUGAAAUUUAACGGCAAAUUAUUUAUUCAAUUGCAUAUUUUCGUUUGGUAAGUUAUUGAUGGUAUUUGUAACGUUACAUGCAUUUCCUGGUCAGUGGUGUUACAUGUGUGCUUUAAAAGCAAACCUAUUUCCGUUUACUGUACUGCAUCUAUCAUGCAAGGAAUAGCUGUGACUUCAUUCCGAAACACCUUUUCUGUGCUCAACUUUUAUUUGAGCUUUCUGCCGAUCUGUUUCACAUACAAAAUAUGUUAAAAUUGUUUUUAAAUGUACAAUAAAUCAACGCUUCUGUCUUUC